AUGUAUAUGCCAAGAGGCUAUGGCGGUGUUGCUAUCAUAUGGCAAAAAAGUAUCGAUCACUUAAUAAAACCAUUAUCUGAAGGAUCAGAAAAGAUGCAAUGCAUAGAAAUAUUAAGCAAUAGUGCGCACAACUUGCUGCUUGUGUCAGUUUACUUACCGUCCAAAGGAAGUCGAGACCAUGUUGAGGAAUUUUUAGAAUGUAUUGACCAACUCUACGAACUUUAUCAAAAAUACUAUGGAACGCACGACAUAAUAAUUGGAGGAGACCUAAACGAGGACUUAAACGAUACUGCGACGUCAAGAACAAGAAAUAGAUAUUUGAGGAACUUUAUCUCAGAGUGUAACUUGUCCUUCAACAAUGCAGGAAAAACCUUCAUCAAGGCAUCUGGAGUAGAAUGUUCGGAACUUGAUUACUUUCUACACACUCUCAAAGACCCAAAGCUAUACUCAAACAAAACAGUUCUACACUCCGUUAAAAUGAAUGUGUCAGAUCAUCAUCCAGUACAAAUGACGUGUGUGUUUGAUUUCGCGAAGGUCACACAAAAGCAAAGGAAAAGUAGCAACGUCACCCCAAAAAUAAAAUGGGACAAAAUGGACAUGGACCUAUAUAAAGCUAUGGUCGACACAUCAUCAAAGUUGAUAUUGGAAAAAUUAGACAAUAAACAGAUAGGACUGGAAGAAUCUAUUCAGACAACAUGUGAGAUAAUGGCCAACUCAGCCAUUAAAUCCUCCAACAUCAAACCCUCGUAUAAUGCAAAACCGAAACUUAAAGUAUGGACACCUGCAAUACAGGUUGCUCUUAAGGAGAUGCGAAAUAGCUACAAUGCAUGGGUAAAAUCAGGAAAACAUGAAGAUCUAGACAAUGUCCUUUUCUUGGAGAAACAACGAACAAAACAACUUUUUCGAAAAUCAGUCCGUGUCGAAAUUGCAAAAAGAAGAGAGGACGAAAAAGAGCUGAUCAUGGAAACUAGAACCAGAAAUAUGAAACUAUUCCAUAGGCUAGUUAGAAAUACACGUAAAAAAGGCGGAGAAAUUAUAAUGGACUUGAAUGUAAAUGGACACUGCUAUACGGGAGAUGAAAACAUGCUAGCAGGUUUCAAGGAACAUUUCCGCACACUAGCAACAUACGAUGAAAACAUCAACAUUGACAACGACUAUCAUCAAAAUGUGGAACAUGAAAUUCAUAUAAUAAAUCAAUUGGUUAAAGGCAAGAACAUUCCUGAUGCAUCAAUGGAAGAAAUUUCAAACGCAAUCAAAAAUAUCAACAAGGGUAAAUCUGCUGACUACUAUGGCAUCACAAUUGAACAUAUAGUUAAUGCGGGAGAAAUCAUGGUCAUCUUGCUCCAAAGCAUCAUAAAUGAAAUUUUCCAACAAGGAUAUGUGCCAGAUCUCCUAAAAAUCGGACUUCUCACACCAAUUUUCAAAAACAAAGGAACUAAGAAUGAUGCAGGAAAUUACAGAGGAAUAACAGUGCUGCCUGUAGUGAGCAAAAUAAUAGACACAGUGCUUAAAAAUAGAACACAACCAUCAGUAAAAGCCGUGCAACAUAAAUAUCAACGUGGAUUCACAAGUGGUUCAGGACCAAUGAACUCAGCACUACCAGUGGAAGAAGUGUAUCGUGAAGUUCAUGACGGUGAAACAGAAGCACAAAUAAUACUACUGGAUGCAAAAUCAGCGUUUGACAAAGUGAUACAUACCCAUAUGAUGAGAAGAGUGUACCAAGCAGGUAUCGAAGACAAACAUUGGUCACUAAUAAGUAGUCUGCACCAAAACGCUGCCAGUACCAGCAAAUGGGGAGGAUAUAUCUCUGAGUGCUUCCAAGUCUCAUUGGGUGUUCGUCAAGGUGGAAUACUCAGCACGGACCUAUACAAGCUCUACGUAAAUCCACUACUAGACAGAUUGGAAAACUCAAAUCUUGGUAUAAGGAUUGGUAAUAUAACAUGCAAUGCCAGCGCCUGUGCUGAUGAUAUAGCUUUAAUGAGUACAAAAGAAGACGACACACAAGUGCUGAUAAAUAUGGCGCACGAUUUUGCGUACAUGGAAGGCUAUGAGCUACAGCCCCAAACAAGUGUGGCGUUAAACCUCUUGUCAAAAACUCAUAAAAAGAACAAUACCAACGAGUGCAUAUUCAACAUUGGAAAUAACGUUAUGCCAAAUGUCAAGCAGGCACUACAUCUUGGAAUAAUUCGAACAACAUCAAUGAAGGAAAACGUAACUUUAAAUGUGGAGGAAAAUAUCAAGAAAGCUAGAAGAAGUGCAUAG